GAGACUAUAUGUAGUCAGUAAUGAUCAAUAGGGCUGGCAACUUUCAGUUCCAGUGAAACAACUAUAUUGACAAGUACAUCGAUGAUCUGUCAUAAGAUAGCGCCCACAUAAGAACAUGUGUGUAGGGCUGCGGAGUGAACCUGCUUGCACGCAAGGGGUGCACCAGAGUCCCCGCCCAAAUUAAAAUAAGCGUCCUGUACAAAGUUGGGGUCCGAAAGCCAUGACAGGUAUUUAGCUAUGCCUUUGUACUAAUCGAAGGGAUAGCAGUGCUGAGCCAUCCCAUAGGCUCGACGACUUUCUUUGUUGUUUCGGGAUCUGACAACGCUCUAGCCAGCCCCAACAUGUGCAACUCUGCAAACAUCGCUAUAGCGACCAGACAAAGAACCAUGGCCCAAAUACCGCGCAAGCGCUGUUGGACUGCCUCCCGCGCACCUACGAUUGAGUACAGAUUCGUGUCGUCAAGAUGCAAACCACGGGCGAGGAUUACUACGACAUCCCCGAUGAUGAACUACCAUCAGCGAACUUCGCGGCCCGUCCCACGAGAGAGAUUAGCGAACUCGGUUUACUCGUCAUUGAUGGACUGUGGACCUUCACGAGCUUUGCUUCGUCUUCAUUUGAGAAUACCGACGGCGAAGACGAUACUGACGACGGCCCGACUCCCACAACUCUUACCCCAGAAACACCCUUAAUGCCUCAACCGGAGAUGCCGCGCACACUGCCUGAUACGCCGGCCAUCACAGUGACAUCGCUCUCGCGCAGACAGUCGCUACGGCAAGGAAUAAGGAGUGUGGGCGAUGUCGUAGCAAUCGUGCGAAGACCCAGUAUGCGGCAAAAAGCUAACACAGCACUGCCUAGUGCGUUCAACUCCACGGAGUAUGCACCGCAAGAUGCAGCGAGAGGGAGGCACUUAAGACAUCUAUCAUCUAAGAACGAUUCAAAAGCUAGGAAAGUGUUAGGCAUAGACGAAAGGCUAUUAGAAAAAGAGGUAGUGAAACCUAUGUAUUCAACUGAUGAAUGUGAAGAAGAGGAGAAAGGGACGGAGUUAUUGCAAGCAAAUGCAUCCUUCUCUCGCAAAUCAAGAGUGAGGGAGACACUGGAGAGGAAGCAGCUGGCAAGGCUGAGAAUGGACUUUGUGGAAUCAGAGCCUGACAAAUCCGUCGACUCACCUCAAUCGAUGCUAGGCACGCCAGUAGAGCUGUACGCUACACCUGAGCGCCAGCCUGGGCGAUUCAGGCCAACCAGUGCAAUCUAUGGCAGGCGAGGGACCUCAACACCAGUUUCACCAAAGACGCCCUCGCGCUUCCAGAGACCACAGCCACGAUCAGACGGCAGGUUUGCCGGCGACGAGGACCUCGAGGACCUGUAUCAGACAAGGAUCUACGUGCCUGGUCCGAUCCAUCUCGAAAAGCACCCAGCCUUGCUUCGAAAGGAUUCCGUUGCUACUUUGGACCCGUUCGCCAGCGAAACAGAUUCGAUAGUCGUGUACUUCGACGGCAUUGGUCUGAUCGAAGAAGCCACAGAUGAAUGCUUGGACCGGUAUUGGCUGAACGGGCAGCAACAGGCGCUACAAGAAACGGAUUUGGAUGUGAUGGAACUCGAACCUCUGAGCCCGCGGAGUCAGCAAAGUAGCAAUCGAAGGAUGCCUCCAGCAUGUUCUCGUUCUCGUCAGCGUCAUCAGGCGCCUCCGUGCCACAAGGCUCUCCACAAAAGCGCCAGCUAAUCAGAUUAAGGAGACUGCUCUCGCCGGCACUACCCGGCUCGAAAAGUUCCGAAAGUUGUGAACAGCAAACUGAAGGCUCGUGACAUGCUAGAAGAAAACGGCCUAUGUUUGGAGAAAUCGAAUCAAACCUAAUGGAAAUUGAAGACUCAUAAGCCGUGUUUGAGAUGAGAACGCUCGGUGAAUUCUCGCGCCAAGAAAUAUACGACUCGCUGCUGGCCUAAUGAGGUAGUCCGUGAUGUGACAAAGCGUUCGAUAGAAAGAAAUGCAAAAGGUGUGGCUCGAAGGGGAUAUGAUUAGCAGCGUAAAGUCGCAACGGGGCGUUGAAGAGGAGUCGGCCCAUGUGCGAUCUGAAGACCCUUGUGGAUGACGACCGUUCUGCCUUUGCAACAUCCGACAGAGGCGCGGGGGCCGCGCAAAAAGCAAUACCAGCUGGACGAGGAUGCGCUGCCACUGAUGCAGAGAUUGACCGA